AUGUUGUCUCGUCAAGUACGACAAUGGCGUACGUUAUACGAGUUUGCAAGAAAUUUGAACAUGAGUGUGCGAAGUUGCUCAACAAGUACUUCGACUCAGGUGGAGGAGAACAAAAAGAAACCCACAAUUUGGAAAAUUGAUGAAGCAAAACGUGAAAAAUUAGCGAAAUUCGGUCGGUAUUGUGCAGAAUGUUUGCCAAAGUUUAUACAAAGAGUACAGUUUGCUGCUGGCGAUGAACUAGAGUUAUUAAUUCAUCCGAGUGGGAUUAUUCCAGUAAUUGCAUUUUUAAAAGGAAAUCAUGCUGCACAAUUCACUAAUAUUGUGUUUGUUACUGGGAUGGAUGUUCCCACACGCAAAUUCCGUUUUGAGGUAAUCUAUGCUCUUCUUUCAACACGUUUUAAUGCACGCAUUCGUGUACGUACGUAUACUGACGAAAUUGCACCCAUAGAGUCAAUAACAUCAAUUUUUAAGGGAGCCAAUUGGUAUGAGCGAGAAGUAUACGACAUGUUUGGUGUUUGGUUUAAUAAUCAUCCAGAUUUACGACGUAUUCUUACAGAUUAUGGAUUUGAAGGGCAUCCUUUUAGAAAAGAUUUUCCGUUAUCUGGUUUUGUUGAGUUGCGAUAUGACUCAGAACUUAAUCGUUGUGUUUAUGAACCAACUGAACUAGCUCAAGAAUUUCGGAAGUUUGAUUUGAAGACACCGUGGGAUGUGAUGCCUAAUUUUCGUGAUGAAUCAAUAGCAUCAUGUUAUGAACAAAUCAGCAUUAAGGAGCCAGAAAAAGAAGUGGAAACAAAAGAGAAAUAA